CACGAUCUACUGAAUAUGCUCGAUAUAAAAUUAUACAAUUCUUCACCUUUCCAGUGUUUGUAUUCGUCAGGAAACACUAUAACCGCUACUCCCGCUGCUGCUAAUACCGAUACUAUCAUCGCUACUACUACUACUUCUGCUGCUGCUGCUAUUACUACUACUACUACUACAACUACUAACGCUACCACUUCUACCGUUGCUGUUUCUACUACUAUCACCAGUGCCACUAAUACUGCUACGAACUCUAUCGAUUUUACUGAUGCUUCUGCUGCCACUCCAAUCAAUCCCACUGCUGACUCUGCAGAAUCCACCACUGUUUCACCUACAACCAGAGACAUUGCUAUUGGUGUUGAUAAUACUGCUACUAACGAGGAUGAUGAGCACGAGGAGGAUGUGGUAUACAUUACGAGGAAAGCAAUAGUAGCAGCAACGACAUCCGAGACGAUUGAAUCGGACCAUAGAAUGAAGAACCAGGUGAAGAAAAUUUUAAGUGGACCAACAAUAGACCCCAACAAACUAACUUGCUUCAUUUGUAAUAAGCAAUACAUUAAAUUGAAGAGGCACCUGAAGAACAUUCACAAGAUAACGGGAGCAGAGCUCGAGAAUGCCCAUGGGAAGGCGAGGUCUCAACGCUCGGGCAUCUCCCUCCAGAGUUGUAAUCUCUGCGGCAAAGGCGUCCGUCACAUGAAGUGCCACCUGCUGAACGUGCACAAGUUGAUUCCCGGUAGCCAUGAAUACAGAACGGCUCUCGGUGCGAACGCGGAGCGUCCGCGCAAAAUUGCCGAGAAAAAGAAGAAGGCGAAUCAGGAGAGAAGGGAGGGUCUGGCCAAAAUUCCGGUGUCGGUGCAGGCAUGGAUCGGCUACGAGUCGAGAGGAGGACUGACCGUCGACGGAAAAGGCAUGCUGAGAAACAUGAGACUGGUGAUCGAGAUAUUGGAGAAGCAAUCAAUGACCAUCAUGAGCCUGAUCGAAUACGGAACGGUCAAGAAGUCGUAUGAGCUCCUCUACCAAGCACUCAAGAAGCGAUAUAAACAUACGAGCAUCAUCGUAAUCCUGGGUCAUCUUAAACGCUUCAUAGAUUGGGCAUGUUCCGAGGCGAAUUAUCCCCUCUGCGAGUUGAACAACAGAGAACACAACUUCUACUCCAAGCUGUGUCGGAAACGGGGAAAUCUCGAGAACAUGGCCAGGAAGACUGCUGAAUAUAUACCCACGGUCGACGAGAUGGGACCCCUGAUCCAGUACUCAAAACACCGGCAUAUCGUGGACGGCAUGAUCGGUCGACCCGGAGACACCCUCGACGAGUAUAGCGUCGACCUCAUCCACGCUGUACUCGCAUGGCCCCUGAUCAUCAGAGCGGGGGCGAGAACGGGAGUCGUGAAAAACCUGCUCGUCAGCGAAGUCUUGGAGGCGGUCAGGUCAACCGACGGUGUCGUCAUAAAGGUGAAGAACCACAAGACCUCCUCGCUGUAUGGUCCCUACCAGAUCGGCAUUCCCGCGAGAGAGCACGACAUGAUCGUGAACUUGUCCAAAAUAGGAGUUGGGAAUCCGAGUACGUCUUCUCGUCGAAGCGGGGAAAACCCUUCUCCCUCGCUAACAUCCAGCGAUUUAUGAAGAAGUUGUUCCGUCUGUACGGGCUACCGAGACUGAGGAUAGCGACUGUCAGGAAGUUCCUAACCACCCAGGCGCACAAAGAGGGAAAUGACCAGAUUCAAGAGGCGACAGCCUCGCUCCUUAAACACAGCAUGAAGACCGCCAAACGUGAUUACAAAGCGAUGCAGCGCGAUCUCGAUGCUCUAGACACCGCAAAUCGUCUCUCAAAGAUGCUUCAAGAUCAACUGCACGGAAUGGAAGACGAACGUCAGGGUGAUGACGAAGCGGACGCUGGCGGGAUCAUCGCCGGUGCUGGUGCU